AGAAUUUAAAGAUGUCUGAGGCAGCGUUGUAUAUAUUUGGACUUAUAGAUGGAGCUGCGUUACUCUUUUUAACAGUUUACUUUAUCAUUAACUUGUCGGAUUUGGAAUGCGACUACAUCAAUGCCACCACAUGCUGCAGAAGACUUAACGUGUGGAUUCUUCCAGAAAUGGUUGCCCAUGGAGUAAUAACAGUAUUGUUACUAGUACAUUUUCAGUGGAUAUUUUUCUUGCUCAAUGCUCCUCUAUUUGGUUGGCUUGUAUUCAGAUUUGUUAACAAACCAGUUGGUAAUGUUGGUGUGUAUGACCCAGCAGAGAUCCACAACAGGCAUGAACUUAAGGGGUUUAUUAAAGAGGCUAUGAUCAAGCUUGGAUUCCAUCUUUUAUUCUUUUUUCUAUAUCUUUACAGUAUGAUAUCUGCUCUUUUAGAGAAUGAUGCAAAAAAGGAGACAAGUUGAAUCAUGGCAGUUGUUUUUUUGUACUUACCAUCCAUAAGCCUUCAGAGAGGAUGAAGUUGGUGAAUUUGUAAAAAAAAAAAACAUUUCAUCAAAAAUACUGGUUUCUCCAGUUUUUUAAUUUGUGGUGUUGCAGCUGUCAAAGUAUUUUUUUUUCUAAAGCACAUACAACCUAUUCUUUAUCUUGCAAUUUUUGUGGUGUUUAAUUGUCAAUCUUGUGGUUUACAAAAUCAUUUUCUCUGAAGUGCCUGUAAACAGAUUAUUCUCUAUAUAAGCAACACAAAAUUGAUGCUUUUCAUUCCAAUGCCAAAUGGUCGCUAAAGAAUUAACUCAGAAGCCAAAUAAUAAAGACCACGUGUUAAGUAGAUAGGGCUCUUGAGGUGUAUGUUCUAGGACAGAAAAUGAACACUUUUUGUUGUGAUGAAAAUUAUCAGAAUACUCUCCAAUACAAAGCACAUUAUCAUCAGAAUUAGACAUAUUUAUUUGUCAUUUUUAUACUCUCAGAGUGUUGUAUAGUUUUGAUGUUUUUGUUGGAAUGUUCUUUGGAACUCAAAUAAAGGUAUUUUAUCUUUUC